GGGGAAAGUAAAACCGGCAAACACGGCCUUGUCCUCACACGAUACACACACAUAUAAAUAGGGCGAAAACUCAAGAGUUAACUCAAACAUUCUUCAGUUCUAAGAAACCUUAAAAAACAAGUAGUGUUCCGAAAAGAUGGCUCAGCAGGAAGUGGUAGAAGGGUUCAAGUUCGAACAGAGGCACGGGAAAGAGCGCGUGAGAGUGGCGCGCGUGUGGAAGACGAGGCAGGGGCAGCACUUCGUUGUGGAGUGGCGCGUGGGCAUCACUCUCUUCUCAGACUGCGUCAACUCGUAUCUCCGCGAUGACAACUCUGACAUCGUUGCUACUGAUACCAUGAAAAACACAGAAAUGUUUGCCUGUGGUUGUGUGAAGGUGUAUGCAAAAGCAAAGGAAUGCUCAGACAUACUUUCUGCUGAGGACUUUGCUAUUUUGCUUGCUAAGCACUUUGUAUCAUUUUACAAGAAGGUUACUGGUGCUAUUGUGAAUAUUGUGGAAAAACCAUGGGAGCGUGUCAUUGUGGAUGGUCAACCUCAUGAACAUGGUUUCAAACUUGGGUCUGAGAAGCAUACAACAGAGGCAAUAGUACAAAAGUCUGGUUCACUUCAGUUGACUUCUGGUAUUGAAGGAUUGUCAGUGUUGAAGACAACCCAGUCCGGUUUUGUGAAUUUCAUAAGAGACAAGUACACAGCACUUCCUGAUACCCGUGAAAGGAUGCUGGCAACAGAAGUAACCGCACUGUGGAGGUAUUCGUAUGAAUCACAGUAUAGCCUCCCUCAGAAGCCACUUUACUUUACAGAAAAGUAUCAGGAAGUGAAAAAAGUUCUGGCUGACACUUUUUUUGGCCCACCAAAUGGGGGAGUCUAUAGCCCAUCUGUUCAAAACACACUCUACCUGAUGGCAAAGGCCACACUGAACAGAUUUCCUGACAUAGCUUAUGUCAGUCUAAAGAUGCCAAAUCUUCAUUUCUUACCUGUCAAUAUCUCAAACAAGGAUGGUCCUAUUGUGAAGUUUGAGGAUGAUGUGUACUUGCCAACGGAUGAGCCUCAUGGGUCAAUUCAAGCUAGCUUGAGCCGCCUUUGGUCAAAGCUGUAGAAACUGCAGAAGCUAUGGUGCUCAUCCCUUCUGUGGUGGAUUGCCAGUGCAGCCUAAAAUACCGAACCUGGCCUUAGAGAUAGUGCUUUCCAUUAAUGUGUCUUGUAAUUCUGGUUUUUGUCAUCGUUGUAUUUGUUUCGUGGAGAACUAUUAUGCAUGAAUAACUUCCAGGAGGGAUAUUCUGCAAGUUACACCAAUGUUAAGUUUUUGAUGCCCUAAAUUCCAAUAAAUUCCAAUAAAUUCCUAGUGUCCUUAUUAUGGAAACUGAA